AUGAGUAUUGCACUGAAGCGGCGAAGGGAGCUCAACCUGGGCAGCUACCGCGACAACAAGUACACGGGAAGCCGAGAGGAGCAGGAGGAGAAGCUGCGCAAGUCCACUACCCUCUACGUGGGCAACCUCUCCUUCUACACGACGGAGGAGCAGAUCUACGCACUGUACGGCCGCUGCGGCGAGAUCCGCCGCGUCAUCAUGGGCCUGGACAAGUUCCGGCGGACGCCCUGCGGCUUCUGCUUCGUGGAAUUUCACGACCGCGAGGACGCCCUCCAGGCGAUGCAGUGGAUCAACGGGACGCGCCUCGACAACCGCAUCAUCCGCUGCGACUGGGACGCCGGCUUCAUCGAGGGCCGCCAGUAUGGGCGCGGCAAGAGCGGCGGGCAGAUUCGCGACGAGUACCGCGAGAACUUUGACCCCGACCGGGGCGGCUACGGCAAGAUCAUGUCGAAGAAGCUGGACAUCAUUGACGGCAGUCCCGCCUAG